AUGUUGCUACAGCCAAACCUUCCUCAGAUCUGCCUUACGACCUCACCAAACGACAGCUUCAACCACGACUUUGAUGUUUCAACAAUUAUCCCUCCAGUGGGUGAGGAAGGCUUCUCAGUCAGUCAUGGUGGUGGAGAGCUUGAGCUUCACGAGGAUCUGAGUAAUGCCCUAUCCUCCCAAUGGCAUCAAGCACUCGAUGAACAUUUUAAAUUCGCUGACGAGGACAAAUAUGCUACUCUCAGUACCUUCAUCUACUGCAAUUACGUGCAAGCACUCGAGUGCAUUCAUUCCCAUGAGGAGUUUCUUCAACAUUUUGAUUUCACCCCUCAAGAUUUUGAAUUGGACCUGGCUGAGGAACACAGCUACCUGGAGGUGGCUGGUCAAUGCAAGUCUGGAGAUAGUAUACAAGUGGAAUAUGUGAAGGCAUUGAAUGACCUUGAUCUAGCAUGGUGA